UUUUAUUAUGCAUUCUAGGACCCGGAUUGUAAUUGUCGCGCGCUUGUUGUACUUCCGUUUAUAACAGCCCACUGUUUCCUAAAGUAUGUUUACCGUCGUUUGCUCACUUAAAUGAACUAUCAAUACAGAGUUUAGUUUUUAAUUAAACACAGGGCGACGGCGUGUUGUAAAUUAUAGUCGCAGACGAAAUGUCUCGCUGCGUUGCGUUACAGACGCAUCUAGCGUCCGUGGUGGAGGCGUUAGUUCACGCCGCGAUCGCUGAAAUGAGCAAACUCAUGGAAGAGGAGACGCUUUCAUUUCUGAGCAGUGAUAUUGCUAAAGAUCACUUUGAAAACGAGGAGGUCGAGUCGAGAAUGAAGAUGGAAAAGGAGGAGAAAAUGAAGCAGUUUGCAUCCAUCAUGGAGGUACUGGGCAAUGAGGCUCUCGGGAAAAUAAUCAAACUCGUUGAUGAAACCAAGUUUCUGUUGGAUCUGGAGUGCAAAACGUUUUCAGGCAAGAGAGCGAAGCGGCCUGGCAGCAUCUUGAAUAUUCUGUCUGUUGGAGGACUCGAAGAGGAACAUUCCUAUGACGGAAGUGCGAGAAGCCUGGGAACAAGAAAUGAGUCUGAUGAGGCUUCAGAAGAACGUGCAGAGUCCCCACUGGUGCUGGCUGUGUCUAUCAAAGAUGACUUUGGAAAUGUGAACUUGAAUUCCAUCACUGCUGGUCACCUAAACGCAUCUUUAGAAGACAAAGAAGCGUCUGUUUUGCCCGACGAUAGCAGCGGAGAUCCUCAAGACGCGGUUACGCUCUUUACGAAGAGAUCCUUUAUUUGUUCGGAGUGCGGCAAGAGUUUCUCUUCUCAAAGCAACCUGAAAUCCCAUCAGCGCAUUCACACCGGAGAAAAGCCCUUCGGCUGCGUUCUCUGCGGCAAGGCCUUCGCUCACAAACAAAGUCUGUCCGACCACCAGCGAGUCCACUCCGGAGAAAAGCCGUUUGUCUGUAAAGUCUGCGGCAAACGCUUCGGGAAAGCCGCGCACCUCAAAACCCACGAAAUAAUCCACACCGGCGAAAAACCGUUCGGCUGCAGCGUCUGCGGAAAGCGGUUCAACAUCGCUCAAAAUCUAGCCAGGCACCAGCUCACGCACACAGGCGAGAAAGAAUUCCGUUGCUCGAUCUGCCAGAAAAGCUUCACGCGGGCCGUGACGCUUAAAACGCAUCAGCUCAUCCACACCGGUCAGAAACCGUACUCCUGCGUGUCCUGCGGGAAGACGUUUCGGCACGCCGUCAACCUUAAAAACCACGAGCGCAUCCACACCGACCAGCGGCCGUUCAGCUGUGAGCUGUGCGGCAAGACCUUCCGGCAGGCUGUGAAUCUGAAGAUCCACAAGCGGAUCCACACGGGUGAGAAGCCCUUCACCUGCAAGGAGUGCGGGAAGAGCUUCAGUCAGCAGAGUAGCCUCAUUUCACACGGCCGCACUCACUCCGGAGAAAAACCCUUCGGCUGCAAUUACUGCAAUAAAUGGUUUAACAAUACAAACAGCCUGAAGCUGCACCAGAGGGUUCACACCGGCGAGAGGCCGUACAAUUGCGAGGACUGCGGCAAGUGCUUCAGUCAAGGCAGUCACCUGCGUACUCACAAACGCCACGUUCACGGAGGAGGGAAGCAGUACAUAUGCGAUAAAUGCGGAAAGAGAUACGCGGAUCCUCGGAAUCUUAAACUGCACAAAUGCUGUUACGCAUAAACGCAAGGUUGUUCACAUUCGUCAUUGUAGAGGUAGUUUGAGCCCAUUUUUCUACUGUAGAUAAAUUAUUGGAGAAUAUUAUUCGAAUAUAAAUGCAAUAGUGUUGAACUUGAUACCUUCAGGACAUCUAAGACGUAGAUUUUUUUUUUUUUUUUUUUUAUUUUUUUCCAAAUUACAUCAAUCACUCCUCUGCAGUGAAUGGGUGCCGUCAGAAUCACAAACAAACGAAGUAAUGCCCACGAAUCUAGUUCAUCAAUUUAUAGCUUGUGACUUGACUUGAAACUUAUUUAAAACAAUUUUUUGAAAACUUUCAAACUGUUAUUUUAAAUUUGUGAAAUUUAUGUUUAUUGGGGAUUACAUUUCACUUGCUGUUAUAGUGAUAGCAUGGGUCAUAUCAGAAUUUUCUUUUGAUUUAUUUAUUUUUUUUAACUGUUUUGUAAAAGUUAAGAGUAAUCAGUUUAUUUUGAAUUAUGGCGUUUUGUACCUUUCUUUAUUAGUGGGGAUUCCUAAAAAAUAUCAUUGCACAUUGACUUUAUAUAUGUUUAAAAUAACAACAUAAUUAUAAGAAAAACAACUAUUGCCAGAGAGAAUUGGUGUGAUAUUUAAAAAUCUGAUUGACAUUGAUGUGGUCAAAUAUUUUAUUAUUCACCUUGCCCUGUUUUCUGUCAAAACAUUUAUAUUUGCUUUAUGAAAACAAUGCCAAAUACAGUUUUCAAUAAAGCGUUGUUCUUGUGUGAUUAUA